AUGCUCGGCGACCACGGCGCAGAGCAGGCGGCCAACGGCGGCGCAGGGUGGCUGGACCUCCAGGAGGCGCUUCUGGCCGCCACCGAGCAUCAGGCAAGACUCCAGCAGGCCCACGAUCGCCAGGAGAAGGAGCUGCUGGCGCUGAGGGCGGCAGUGCACGGGCACGCUCUUGGGAGCACUGGUGGCCUGCCGGGGCACCCUCUGCUGGCCGACGCGGGCGCGGAUCCGGUGCUGGACCCGGGGGGGGCUCGGGCUGUGGCCCGAAAGUCGGCAGCAGGGAGCAGGCACGCCCGCAGCCCGGGCGUCGCGGACAGGGAGCCCGGGGGGCGUGCCUGCCCGGGGACCGACUAA